CUCUCUCUCUCUUUCUCAAUCUCUCUCUCUCUCUCUCUCUCGCUCUCAAUCUCUCUCUCUCUCUAUCUCUCUCCCUCUCACACACGCGCACAGACACGCAGAACCAGGAAGUAACUCCUCAUUUCAGAAAAAACAAAACGGAUCUCUCUCGUUCACAGUGUGUGGGUGCAGGAAAAUGGCCGAGGCCAGUAUUUCAGCAGAUCAGUUUUCAGUGGACCAGUUCAGCUGUCCAGUGUGUCUGGAUCUCCUGAAGGAUCCGGUGGCGAUCCCCUGUGGUCACAGUUUCUGUAAGGUGUGUAUUAAUGACUGCUGGGAUCAGGAGGAUCAGAAGGGCGUCUACAGCUGUCCUCAGUGCAGAGACACUUUCACUCCGAGGCCUGUUCUACGCAGAAACAACAUGCUGGCUGAAGUGGUGGAGAAACUGAAGACUGAAGUCCAAGCUGCUUCUCCUGCUCACUGUUACGCUGGACCUGGAGAUGUGGAGUGUGAUUUCUGCACCCAGAUGAAACAUAAAGCCGUCAAGUCCUGUCUGAUGUGUCUGGCUUCUUACUGUGGAAUUCAUCUGAAACCUCAUCUAGAAAUUACUGCUUUGAAAAAACACACAUUAAUCAAAGCUUCUGCAAAGCUACAAGAGAAGAUCUGCUCUCAACAUAAUAAGCCAAUCGAGAUCUACUGUCGUAGCGAUCAGACCUGCAUCUGUUACUUGUGUACGAUGGAUAAUCACAAAGGACACGACACCGUCACAGUCACAGCAGAAAGAGCCGAGAAACAGAGUGAGUUAAAGAAGGAGCGGAGGAAAUCCCAGCAGAGAAUCCAGGAGAAGCAGAAGAAGGUGCAGGAGCUGAAACAGACUGUGAACACUAUAAAGCUCAGUGCACAGACAGCAGUGGAGGACAGUGAGAGGAUCUUUACUGAGAUGAUCAGCUCCAUGGAGAAAAGGCGCUCGGAGGUGACGGAGCUGAUCAGAGCUCAGGAGAAGGCUGAACUGAGUCGAGCUGAACGACUCCUGGAGCAACUGGAGCAGGAGAUCGCUGAUCUUCAGAGGAGAGUCACUGAGCUGGAGCAGUUUUCACACACACACGAUCACAUCCAUUUCCUCCAGGCUUUAGCUUCUCGACGUCAGUCUCCUUCAUUAGACAGAGCAGAGUUUCAGACAUCCAGCAUCACUGACCGUCAACAUCUCUCAUUUGAUGGAGUGAGGAAUUCUCUCUCGGACCUGAAGGAGAGACUCGAGGAAUUCUGUGAGGAGGAAUUCAACAAAAUCCUUCCACAUGCUGCAGCAGUUCAGAUCAUUUCACCAUCAGAGCCACAGACCAGAGAAGAUUUCCUGAAAUAUUUCUGUUAUCAGACUCUGGAUCCCAACACGGCACAUCGUUACCUCCUUCUGUCUGAGAAGAACAGAGCGGUGAGGUACAGUGAGAGACAGCAGCAGUACUCUGAUCAUCCAGAGAGAUUUGACUCUAUCUGGCAGGUGUUGAGUAAGGAGAGUGUGUGUGGACGCUGUUACUGGGAGGUGGAGUGGAGCGGUGAUGGUGUGUCCAUAUCAGUCUCAUAUAAAGACCUCAACAGGAAAGGACUGGGUAAUGAAUGUGAGUUUGGAGGCAACAAUCAGUCCUGGAGUCUGUGGUGUUCUUCUUCUUCUCUCAUCUUCUAUCACAACAACAUUGAGACUUAUCUCACGGUUCCAUCGUCCUCCAGAAUAGGAGUGUAUGUGGAUCACAGUGCAGGAACUCUGUCCUUCUACAGUGUCUCUGACACGAUGAAGUUCCUCCACAGAGUCCACACCACUUUCACUCAGCCUCUAUACGCCGGGAUUGGGUUCCACUGGUUGUUUGGUUCUACAUCUGUGAGAUUGUGUGAUCCAGAAUGAAGUGUGUAGUGUUUUAUGUAAAAUUCCUGUACAUUUAUUAAUUAAAACAGAGGAGUCAUUUUGCAAUAAUAAAAAAGGAAAUGUUCAAAAUGAACUCUCAGAUAAGAAACUAGUAGAAUUGAAAAAGAAAAUGAUCAGAUGAUAUCUCGUGACCUUAGCGUUAUAAAGUUCUAUCUGUUUGUUUCAUAUUCAGCAACCUCUCAUUAAAUAACUAAUAAACAGUAAUAAAGCCAGUACAGAACAACAUUUUAAACCUGUUAACGUCACACUAUAUAAAAAUAAAAUCUAAACUUUUGAAGGAAUUAGAUUGUUCUGCUUGUGUUCUAAGAUGUAAAAUACACGUUCGCGUUUUAAGAUCUGAAGUUUUAUCAAGUUUAUCUGUGAGUUUUGAAUUCUUUAUUAAAAUAUUACAAUCAAAGCUUUGCAGAGUAAAAGAUAACAGCACAGGAGAAUAAAGUUUCCCCCAGUGAUGAAGUUUAUGUGGUUCACUCAUCUUCAACCAAAAUGCAAAGACAGGAGCUUUUAAUACUGAGGUCAGGAUUUUUCAGCAAGCCGCUGUAUUGAUACAUAAGGGUUUAAAAAAAAAUAAAAAUAAAAAUCACUUUGACUGUAUAUUUUUAGAUUCUUUAAUCAGUGGGAAAUAACUACAAUGUCUUAAAUAUGAUGUGGUUUUUUUUCCAAAAAAAAAAAAAAUCUUUUAAUGUUCUAAUAUAUUGUCUGUGUGUAUAAUGAUGAUAAAUAUGUCUCUGUUAACUGUA